AUGGUUGACGGCCGAGUGGUGAAGCUCGAGUUGUACAGCUUGGGACUAUGCGCGGUGCCGGCAGAGAUCGGGCAGCUCACGUCGCUGACGGAGUUGCACCUCCACAACAACCAGCUGACGAGUGUGCCAGCGGAGAUCGGGCAGCUCACGUCGCUGGAGUGGUUGAGCCUCAGCCGCAAUCAGCUGACGAGCGUGCCGGCGGAGAUCGGGCAGCUCGCGUCGCUGAAGGUGUUGUACCUCGGCGGCAUUAAGCUGACGAGCGUGCCGGCGGAGAUCGGGCAGCUCACAUCGCUGGAGGAGUUGAACCUCGAGCACAAUGCGCUGACGAGCCUGCCGGCGGAGAUCGGGCAGCUCACGUCGCUGAAGUGGUUGAACCUCGAGCACAAUCAGCUGACGAGCGUGCCGGCUGCGAUACGCGAGCUCAGAGCGGCGCGAUGUUAUGUGGAUCUGGAUCGCGGCGUGACGGUGGACGAGUAA